AUGGAUAUCGAGACGAUCAGCAAAGCCACCCUAGAAACUUCGCCUGGCCCAACAUCCUAUCGCGAUACUCUACUCAAAGAUAAUCCCACAGAUCCUUCGAUUGAUGAAGAAAUAAUGGAUGAGGAAGAUGUCGAAGUCUUUGAAGACGAUGUCGUUCGUGGUGUCGUCGAUGGUUUAAUAUCCAUUGAUUUCUCUGACCGAGUCCAAGCCAUGGCCAAUAAGAGUUUCGAUCAGAUUGUGGUGAUGAAGCUACUUGGGAGGCGUUUUGGCUACACAACCCUUCGAAAUAAAAUUUAUGAUAUAUUGAAACCAUCUCAACCCUUUCGCCUCAUUGACAUAGAGAACGAUUACUUCAUUGUUUCGUUGCGAACACGAUUAGAUUUCUUGACAGCCCUCUCCGAUGGUCCAUGGAUAAUCUUCAGACAUUAUUUGACUGUUGAACCGUGGUCGCCUGACUUUUCCUCUUCACAGCUAUUUCCUCGUCGAAUUGUGGCAUGGAUCCGGCUCUCGGGAUUAUCAGUAACUCUUUAUAAACGUAGUCUCAUCACUGAAAUUGGCGAAUGCAUUAGGAAGGUUGUUAAAAUUGACUACCAAAUAGAAACGGGGUGUCGAGGACGCUUUGCACGAAUGGCGGUGAGUGUGGAUCUGGGAAAAUCGCUAACCUUGAAGAUAUUAAUCAAUGGUUGUGUACAAAUCGUUGAAUAUGAAUCACUGCCUACCAUCUGCUUCUCUUGUGACCGAUACAGACAUGUUAAAGACAUCUGCCCUGAAAACACAGUUAAAGACCAACAAGAAUCUGCUACUCCAAAAGAACAAGUUACUGAGGCACAAUUGCCGAAUGCCAACCAAAAAUCCAAACCCCUCGGACCAUGGAUGGUUGUUGAAAGAAGGUAA